AUGUCGACCUCGAAAGAUGGCGAGCCAUCUGCGGCACCUCUAGCAGUACCAAUGUCCUCGUCGCCCGGCUCAUUUAGAGGACGAUUGUCGAGUAGUCCGGUUCCAAGAGCAACCUCGACAGCUCGAUUAGCCUCUCCAGUACCUUCACAUAGUCCUGUAGGCACGCCUCGAGUCCCGCAGAUACCCACACCCAACCAAACAGGAUCUACGGCUUUACCAUCUGGAAGUUUAACCCCUCUUGCUGGUACAGCACCCCACUCUUUGAUACCGGGACCUGGAGUUUCUGCUCUUGCUGCUGCUCUGUCCCACUCAUUCGGUCAUUCACCACCAACCUUUGGCACACCUCCUCUGCGGCCGUUGUCUCCAGUGGCUGCUGGUCAUCAAAUACAAUCUUCCAACCCCCAAAGCAAUUAUGGGUCAUUUGAUAGAGCGAGGUCAAUACAGGGCGCUCCUGGUUGGGCCGGGCCAAGCACCUUCGAAGAUCCCGAGAUUGUAAAGAGGCAUUUGGUACAAGGUCCAGAGACUAUGUCUCAGGCAGGUGAUGGACCGACCGAUGGGAUAUUUGGAAUGUCCAUGCGUGGUGGUUCACCGGCGGGUAGAUCACCAGCAGGCAAGGGUAGACAAGCUAUUGAAGACGUUGCUCCAGGCCUUGACGACGAUGAGUUUUCCAGCUUAAGACUACAAGGUGGAGACAUCACACGACCUAUAUACAAAUGGACCGAGGAAGCAGAAGCCAGGGCUCAAGGCCGAGGGCGAGCACAGAGAAGCCAAAGUUUCCACUUGUCACGGCCACAACCCGAGAACGAUAUCCUCGACAUAGGCUCAAUAAAGGUUCCGGGUGGAUUUCGCCGUAACUUCCUUCGGCGCGCUGCAGGAAGUCCAACACCAAACGAUGGCGUAGUGGAGGAAGGCUACGGCCGAACCCAGCCAAAAUUGCUCACAAACAACUUUAUUGAGUUUUUAACCAUAUACGGACAUUUUGCUGGUGAAGAGUUGGAAGAAGACGAUGAAGUCUUAGAACCAGAUGAAUAUUUCUCAUCCGAUGCGUAUGAUGGCGGAGAAGAAGCUAGCGACGAAGACAGAGAACCCAUGGAAGAUAGUGCACUACUCACGCCUGGUCGCCGGAAACGAAAGCGCAAGGAUCGCCAUGUCAAAGGCACCAAUGGAACUACAGGAGCUGCGUUGUUGUUACUGAAGUCAUUCGUCGGUACUGGAGUCUUGUUCUUACCAAAGGCAUAUCUCAACGGUGGUAUGAUGUUCAGUAAUCUCGUUCUGCUCUUCGUCGCGGCUUUGAGUUAUUACUGUUUCGUACUGCUGGUAAACACCCGAAUAAAGUAUGAUGGGUCCUUUGGAGAUCUUGGAGGUAUCCUCUAUGGUAACUGGAUGCGAAAUAUCAUCUUGUUCUCAAUCGUUAUCAGUCAGAUUGGAUUUGUUGCCGCAUACAUUGUCUUCACCUCGGAGAACUUGCAAGCCUUCAUACUUGCGGUGACUGAUUGCAAGACUCAUAUCGAUGUCCCGUACUUGAUUCUCAUGCAGAUGUUAAUCUUCUUGCCAUUCUCACUGAUGAGAGAUAUCAGCAAGCUUGGCUUCACCGCUUUGGUAGCAGAUGCCUUCAUUCUUAUCGGACUGCUCUAUCUAUACUAUUACGACAUCCUCACUCUUGUCCGACAGGGGGGCGUUUCGGACAUCAUCAAUUUUAACUCGGACGAUUGGACUCUGUUCAUUGGGACCGCCAUCUUUACAUUCGAGGGUAUCGGAUUGAUCAUUCCAAUACAAGAGUCCAUGAAAGAGCCUAAGAAGUUCCCUACUGUAAUGGCGGGUGUUAUGGUAAUCAUUACUGUCGUCUUCAUCUCUAUGGGAGCAUUGUCAUACGCAGCAUAUGGCUCCGCAACCGAGACUGUUGUCAUUCUGAACCUGCCACAAGACGAUAAGCUUGUCAACGGCAUCCAGUUUUUGUACUCCCUUGCAAUUCUGCUUUCAACACCGUUACAAUUCUUUCCGGCAAUCAGGAUCACUGAGAACGAACUUUUCACACGCAGUGGCAAGUACAACCCAUACAUUAAAUGGCAGAAGAACAUCUUCCGUUUCUUCGUCGUCAUCAUUUGUACUGCAAUUGCUUGGUUUGGUGCAAAUGAUCUCGAUAAAUUUGUUGCAUUGAUUGGUAGCUUUGCCUGUAUUCCUCUGGUCUACAUCUAUCCACCAAUGCUUCAUUUCCAAGGCGUUGCCAAAAGCCGCUUCCGCAAGGCUUGUGAUGUCCUGCUUUGUGUAUUCGGUCUUGUUGUCAUGAUUUAUACCACUGGACAGACGAUCGCGAGUUGGGGCACCAAUACUGGAAAGCCAGCCUUGAGUUAUUGCGACAAGAGAGGCAAAGGGGUGUAG